GUUCCCGAGUUGGCAACGAUGAAACUGAAUCCGAACGCGGCGGCGUUCGUGCCUACAUUUGCGUCGUGGAGUGCGCCCCAGGCGCCGGCGGCCACAGAAGAAGUGAAAUACUGCGACGAAUAUGAAGAGGAUUCGUAUGACCCGAACUACUACCCAUCUGACGACUAUGACGGCGAAGACGAGAUUAGUGAACUCCUGGCCGAGAUCGAGCGCAUGCAGCUCGAAGCAGACAUGACCCGCGAGUUGGAAACGCUCAAAGCACAAGGACGUAGUGAAGAUGCAGAUCUGUGGAACACGUGGAUGGCGGGGGCACCGCCACCUCAAGAUUUUUCUCACCAGGAAGAAGCCUCGCCGAUGUCGUCCUACCACUACCCGUCGACACAACACUACCGCCACGACAACUCGCAAUUCCGAAAGAAGACUGCGGUGAACCCGUAUUCCUACAACAGUCGAAAUGCCUAUCACAAUAGCAGUCCGCGCAACAGUAGCCCCAAGCAUCAACCCCAUCACCGACCCAAUUACACCAGCCGAGCAAUAUACCAACCUCGUGCGACCAACUAGCGUUGUGCUGAGAGCAGUGCCCUCUUCGGCGCUCUCAAAGCUAGUUAGGAAGUAAACUGUCAGGUAACCAACUGAAUCCCCCGUCGCCAA